AGACUAUAGAUGUUUUACUGUACAUACGCGUAGUUAUUUCGUCUGUUACUAACUAACUGGACUCUACCUUUAGUCAACUUUUAAGCACGUGUCUACGAACCUCCUAUUUUUGGGAUUGACCCUUGGUGAAUCCAUAAACCAAAAAACAAAAUUUCUCAGUGCCCUAUGGUCAAGCUUUAGUCAAUCAUUAACUUACUCAUUAUGUACACAAGCUGUAGUGUAAUGCAUUUUAGAUAGAGCCUGCAGGAUUGCUUUUGUCUGCUUAUAAAGAGUUUCAUCUCUAGGCAGUGUGCUGUUCAGCUACCAUCAAAUUUAGUUUGAGGGACCUUAAUUUUUCAGAGUCUGGUGCUACGCUGCUGUUUUUCCUUGAUGUGAAUAGUUUGAUCAGUUUAUGGCUCGGUUACUCUCUCGUUCUCUUUACCUGUGGCGUCCACCGUGGAUGGGGUUAACACCAUUAAACUCUCGCAGUAUGUCAUCAUUAGAGAAGCGAGCACGGGCUGUAUUCUCUGCAGCGGUUGAAGGUGUACAACCGGACAUAGUGGUCCGUAAGGGUCUGGAGCGACAUGGGAACAAAUUACUAGUGGGUGGUCAGAGUUUUACACUUAGUAAUAACCUGUAUGUAGUGGGCUUUGGUAAGGCCGUGCUGGGGAUGGCAGCGGAGGCAGAAAGGAUUGUUGGGGAUCAUUUAAUUAAAGGAGUUGUCAGUGUGCCUCAUGGUAUUCAGAAUACACUACAGAGUCAUGGAAAAGAGAAGAUGCUGCUUGAGAACAACAGUAAAAUUACUGUUAUGGAAGGAGCAAAGCACAAUUUACCUGAUGCAGAUGCCCAGAAGUCAGCUGAAUGUAUUCGAGAACUGACUAGCGGUCUAACUGAGAAAGAUCUUCUGCUUGUUCUUAUCUCUGGUGGUGGAUCCGCUCUUUUACCUGCUCCGGCACCACCAAUGUCCUUGCAGGAGAAACAGGAUGUGACACGGCAUCUUGCAGCGGCAGGUGCCACAAUACAGGAGUUAAAUACAGUUCGACGGGCCCUGUCCCUUUUAAAGGGUGGAGGCCUUGCCCGAUGUGCCUACCCAGCCCAGGUCAUGGCAUUGAUUUUGUCAGAUGUCAUUGGAGAUCCUUUGGAUUUGAUAGCCAGCGGUCCAACAGUUAGGAGUGAGACACGGCCAGAGGAAGUUUGGGCUAUCUUUGAACGUUAUAAGCUCUCUGAUUCCUUGCCUUCCUCUGUGAAAGAGGUGCUUAGUAAAACCAGCCCCCGCUGGGUGCAAAAACAGCCACAAGAGGUUAAAGAUCAUGUUUUAAAUGUUGUAAUAGGCUCAAACACCAUCGCUCUUGAAUGUGCAAGCCGUAAAGCGAGUGAGUUAGGACUCCGACCAGUGAUUUUAUCCCCGGGGGUGUGCGGUGACGUCCGCUCCGUUGCAACGCUGUACGGACUGCUAGCGUGUUUUGCAUGCUCCCCAGGGAAAGAACCUUCUCCAGAGCUUGCUUCACAGAUCCUUCAGCUUGGGCCAGAGGUUGGGAUAGAAAGCUGGGACUUGUGUCGUACCAUGAACGUACUUGAACAUGAAAGGAAAGAAGGCUGGGGUGCUACCUGUCUGCUGGCUGGAGGAGAACCCACUGUGCAGCUCACAGGAAAGGGCAGGGGUGGCAGAAACCAAGAGCUGGCCCUGCGGGUCGGGCUUGAGCUUAGCAGUCCUAAAAUAAGGGGUGGUGCAGUGUUUCUCAGUGGAGGGACAGAUGGGCAGGAUGGUCCUACUGAUGCUGCUGGUGCAGUCACUGAUGGGGAACUGAUAGAUGAAGCCAAGACUCAAGGUCUGGACAUUGAUGGCUCACUUAAAAAUAAUGAUUCAUUCACAUUUUUCUCAAGGCUCUCUGAAGGACGACGGUUACUCAUGCCUGGACUGACAGGUACCAAUGUGAUGGACGUGCAUGUUAUGCUGCUUCCUCCACCACCAACAACCCUUUUGACUCCAGAUGGAUUUGUGUGUGGAAAUAACUAAAUUACAUUUUGGAAUGAAAUGCUUUUCUAAAUAAGGAUUUGAAUAACA